CUGCAUGUUUAUUGGGUUGGGGACCUGGGGCUUCUAUAAAUGGAGAGAUCCGCUCAGCCUCAGCAGUGAAAUACGGAGUGGUGCAGCAGCCCAACAAUGGAGUAUUUUGGAAGAGUUGUUCUUGCAGGGCUUCUGCUAUUAUUUCGCGUUGGGAAUGUAAGAGGAGCAGAGGUGGUGAAUGGGUUAGCACCUUGUAACUUUCCAGCAAUUUACAACUUUGGCGAUUCCAACUCAGAUACUGGUGGUAUAUCCGCGGCAUUUCAAAGGACUCCACCUCCAAACGGCCAAAGUUUCUUCGGUAAACCUUCCGGGAGGGUUUGUGAUGGACGUCUUAUUAUUGAUUUCAUAGCUGAGAACCUGGGGUUACCCUACUUGAGCGCGUAUCUGGAUUCCAUCGGAACAAACUUCCGGCACGGAGCGAACUUCGCGACUGGGGGAUCCACCAUCCGACGGCAGAACGAAACCAUAUUCGAGGCCGGUAUAAGCCCUUUCUCCCUUGAUGUUCAGCUCUGGCAUUUCGACCAGUUCCAAGAACGCACCAGCGAAGCAAGAAACACAUCGGAGGACAGCGGUAAGCUUCCGAAGCCGGAGGAGUUCUCAAAGGCUCUUUACAUCUUGGAUAUUGGACAAAACGAUCUGUCCGUGGGUUUCCGGAAGAUGACCGAUUCACAAAUUCGAGCUUCAAUUCCUGACAUACUUGAUCAUUUCUCUGCAGCGGUUCAACAACUAUACGAACGAGGAGCAAGGUCAUUUUGGAUACAUAACACCGGUCCAAUCGGUUGCUUGCCCAUUUAUCGAAUAUACUCUCCUCCACCGGAUCCGGGAUUGGUUGACCCAUACGGAUGCAUCAAGUCCCACAAUGACAUAGCCAUGGAGUUUAACAGGCUACUGAAGGAUAAAGUGAUGAAACUAAGAUCAGAGCUCUCCCAUGCUGCAUUGACAUAUGUUGAUGUCUAUGCUGCAAAAUAUGGACUUAUCAGCCGUAGCAAUAGCCAAGGGUUCGUUGAUCCUCAAAAGAUAUGCUGUGGGCACCAUGAGAGUUAUCAUGUGUGGUGUGGGCAGAAUGCGAUGAUCAAUGGUUCGGAAGUCUACGGUGCUCCAUGUGGAGAUCCAUCCAUCUACAUUAGCUGGGACAGCAUCCAUUACACCGAAGCUGCAAACCAUUGGGUUGCCAACCACAUUCUUGAUGGUUCACUGUCUGACCCGCCCCUUCCCAUUACUCAAGCAUGUCACAAGCAGGUUCACCAGCUGUAAUAGACAACGUGCUUAAUUAAGAUUAAUUAGUUUGUUUAUUAUUAAUAAAUAUGAGCUUGCACAGUCUGGACUCUAGAGUUUGGACUUGGUUUCAAAACAGCAAUGUCUAAGGUGCAUACAAAAAAGUCGACUACUUUGGUGAUCGAGGCCUUGAUCAUGGAUCAUUGCAGCUAGCAAUUAGCUUUCUUUUACUCUGGAACAAAGUUUUCAAAAAAAAAAAAAUUAAAGGAUGCCAUUAAAUUGUCUCUUAACACGAGAGAAAGAAACAGAAUGUAAACCAGUCAUGAUACAUGGGAUUGCAAUUCAAGCAUUUACGGUUGCCUAUACAAGAAACAUGGCAUUCAAGAGUUUUCAA